CGACUUGUCUGAACCCUCGUUUGGAGAUAAUUGGAUAACACUGCUUGCAGCGAGAUGAGACGUGUCCACAGGAAGAUUGGGGUUUUCUUUAAGUCAUUUCAAGACUGAUAAAGGUGCAUGUUGGUAACGGUUGUCAACUGUACUGACAAAGGCAGCACAUGGGAAUUGAUGCAGACCAUACCUCCUGAUCUACACACAGCUCCCCUUCGCCCCUCUGACUUGUUGUUGUCAGCCUUCCGCCUCCACUGGUUGAUCCGUUGGAAUAGAGCCUCCAAAUUGACCUAUAUUUCCCCAAAAAAUGAAUUUCGACCAGAUCCUCUCUGCUAUCGGAGGCUUUGGAAAAUAUCAGAAAAUUCUGUACAUCUGGAUUUGUUUACCCCAGAUCCUCCUCGCGUUCCAUAUGAUGGUGAGCGUCUUUACUGGAUCCACGCCGCCCCACCGCUGCCGGGAGAGCUCGAUCUCAGUAGCCGGGAAUAAGUCCCAUUUUCUCGGUACGCUCAGCUUGAACUUCAGCCUCUCGGAGGGCUCCUGCUUUUCAUCCGAUGAUCUGCUGGAGAGCAACUGGACUGAGCGUGUCCCAUGCAGCCAGGGAUGGGUGUACAGCAAGGACACUUUCCAGAGUACAACAGUCACCGAGUGGGACCUGGUGUGUAAUAACGCUGGACUAAACAGUCUCAGUUCAUCCAUCUACAUGUUUGGCCUGUUGGUGGGAUCUGUCCUGUUUGGAGCCAUGGCUGACAGGUACGGCCGGCGUUUCAUCCUCCUGCUGUCCAUCGCUCUUCAGACUGGGUUUGGAGUCGCUGUGGCCUUUGCGCCUAACUUCUCCAUCUAUGUCAUUCUUCGCUUUCUGGUUGGCACCACGGUUUCCGGAGUCAUCAUCAACGCCUUUGUACUUGGCACUGAGUGGACGUGCACCAAGAGGCGCAUGCUAGCCGGUAUCUUCACUGACUAUGCGUUUGGUCUGGGCUACAUGCUGUUAGCAGGCAUAGCUUACUUGAUACGAGACUGGAGAAAGUUGCAACUGGCUAUAUCAGCCCCAGGCUUCCUGCUUAUCUUCUACAUAUGGGUGCUUCCUCAGUCUGCCAGAUGGUUGUUAGCCAACGACAGGAUGGAGGAAGCCAUCGCACUCCUCCGCAAGGCAGCACUUGUUAACGGCCGGGUCUUACCUCCUGCUGUACACGUUGAGAAGUGUCAGAUUUUGGAAGGAGGGAAGCAAAGUUAUUCAGCAGUGGAUCUAGUACGAACACCUCAGAUGAGGAAGAGGACUAUCAUCUUGUCCUACAUCUGGUUUGUGAAUGUGCUGGUGUAUUACGGCCUCUCUCUGGGCGUGUCCAAGUUAGGGACAAACCUCUACCUGACCCAGUUGGUGUUUGGGUUGAUUGAGAUCCCGGCUCGUUCUCUUGUCCUGCUUGUCUUGCCCUUAAGUCGCAGACUCUCCCAAACCGGAUUCCUGGCUACUGGGGGGCUCGCCUGUAUGCUCAUGCUUGCUGUCCCUGCAGAUCAUCCCAAUGUCCUAACUGGUCUUGCCAUGGUAGGGAAGUUUGGUAUAACAGCUUCCUUUGCUGUAAUCUAUGUGUACACUGCUGAGAUUUUCCCCACUGUGCUACGGCAAACAGGAAUAGGUGUAUCCUGUAUGUUUGCGAGGAUAGGUGGUGUCUUAGCUCCCAUUAUAAACAUGCUUCAUGACCAUAGCCCCACAAUGCCUCUGGUCAUCUUCGGUAUCUCCCCACUCCUGGGUGCUGUCCUGAGCCUGGCACUGCCUGAAACUGCCGACAGACCUCUGCCUGACACUGUGGAUGAUGCAGAGAACUGGGACGUGAGGUCGCCUCCCAACAAGGAGAAUCCUAAAAUGUCUGAGGAGACGAGCCAAUCAGCCAACAGCACAGAGCCGCGGGAGUUACGACGCCUUGCCAGUCUGGCCUAAGCUGCACAUUUCCCAUUAUUAUACAGCCUCAACUUUGUUACCAGAUACAGUACUUACAUGACGUAACAUCCUCUAUGCAAUUACAUGUCAGGAUCUGAUUAAGAGCUCUAUGUGCUUCCGGGAUAAAUCGACAGCCUACUGUUUUAGCUGGUACAGGUAAAUACUCGCAUAAAUCAGCAAUAGUCCUGUAUAAUCCUGUGUAUUUCUCAGAUGUUUACACCUUUUAUUCGAAUUUUGAGAAAUGGUUUGAUAUAUUUUGCAUAUGUGGUGAGACAGACUUUGCAGGCACACAAAUUUAAUAUAUAUCUGAUGGCAUCAGCUCGGAGCUCAAAUCUCUAAACCUGUGCUCGUUUGAUGAAUCAGAUUGGACAAGACAACUUUAGCACUUCCUUUCUAAUGCAGUACAGAUUGUCCCCUUAAUUAGCUAUAGUUAGGACUUCCUGUUUCAGGAUUGAAGGAUUAAUACUUUUUUGCAUUAGGUAAAAGCACUCGUUUAAUAUUUUUGUAUAAAAGUAUAACUUGUCUAUGGACUGUUUGUGGAAUACUUUAGGUGUAUCUUAAUGCUGUGUUUAACAAACUGACUCGUUUUCUAUGUCCUCAUUCUCAAGCCAAGACAAAGAAAAUCUAUUUUAAUUGCAUGUACUAGUUAACUUUCAGUCUAAGUUCUCAGAUUCACGUAGCUCAUUUGUACGUUUUUAUGGAUACUAUGGGAUGUAACUGUGAUCAGCAUGUGGUUUAAAAUGACUGGCGUAUACAAUUUCGAUCUGUGAAUUUCUAACAAUUUUUUUAAUUUUAAGUGUUUAAGGGCUGUCUAGGAUUUGUGAUACAUAAAAACAUGCUACUCAGGCAAAAACUGUUAUUUCUGUAGAAAAGACAUGAGGCCAGCAUUCUUUGAAUUCAUACAAUCUAACACCAUUGCAUCUUGAUAGCAUGCCUUACCUCAGCAUUUGAGUAUGUUAGAUCAACCAGAGAUGUCAUUGAAGCCGGCAAAUAGAAAACUUUACGAUUUCUUUAUUGCAUUGAUUCCAGGCCAGUGCAUUUGAAUGCAACAGAUUAAAAAGCACAACAAAAAAUGUCACAUGUACUGUAUUUUGUACAAUUGAAAUGAAGGCACUGCAGUUAUGUGCC